AUGCCUAUUCUCUCUGGAGGCAGCGAUCAUGACUACAGCUGCUAUAAUUCCUGCAGUUCCUUGAUCCAUCUUUUCCCCAUCUCCGCGGUUGAGGCACCUCCAGUCAAAGGGGCCCAUUACCAAAGGGCCCAGAGGAUUUAUCACCCAGAUCAGAUCCAAGCAGUCGAUUUAAAGAAGGAGAUUGUGGUCAAUGUUGGUGGCAUCAGGUACCUGCUGCCUUGGAGCACCUUGGAUGAGUUUCCAUCGUCCAGGCUGAGCAAACUAAAGUUCUGCAGCAGCUACGAGGAAAUUGUCCAACUGUGCGACGACUAUGAUGAAGAGACCCAAGAAUUCUUCUUCGACCGGAACCCCGGGGCUUUUGCAAUGAUCAUCAGUUUCCUCGCCGCAGGGAAACUGAUGCUUUUUCGAGACAUGUGUGCCUUGUCCUUCCUGGAGGAACUGAGAUACUGGGGGAUCGAGGAGUCCAACUUGGAAAACUGCUGCUUUAGGAAGCUCUUCCAGAAGAUUGAGGAAUUUGCGGAAGUGCGCAAGGAGGAGGAGAUGCAAAGGACCACGGACACGACCUGCGUCUUGGAAGAGGAAACCAGGUUUGGACAGUUUAUGAGCAAGCUCAGGGACAUGGUGGAAAACCCCCAGUCGGGCCUCCCAGGGAAAGUCUUUGCCUGUCUCUCCAUCCUCUUUGUGGCAACCACGGCGAUAAGCCUUUGCGUCAGUACAAUGCCGGACUUGCGAGCUGAAGAAGACAGGGGUGAAUGUUCCCAGAAGUGCUAUUACAUCUUCAUCAUCGAGACCGUCUGCGUGGCUUGGUUCUCGCUCGAGUUCUGCCUCCGAUUCAUCCAGGCGAAGAGCAAAUGCCAGUUUUUCAAGGGGCCCCUGAACAUUAUCGACUUCUUGGCCAUCUCCCCUUAUUACGCUUCCCUGAUCAUAUUGGACGAUGAAUCCACACCGGAGCACAAUCGGCCAAGCGGAAACUUGUACUUAGAGAAGGUGGGUCUGGUGCUACGGGUCUUACGUGCCUUGAGGAUACUCUAUGUCAUGCGCCUUGCUAGGCACUCUUUGGGCCUACAGACGUUGGGGCUUACGGUUCGGAGAUGCACACGGGAAUUCGGCCUGCUUCUGCUCUUCUUGUGUGUGGCCGUCACUCUCUUUUCCCCUCUAGUCUACCUUGCAGAAAACGAAUCUGGGAAAGUCUUGGAGUUCACAAGCAUCCCUGCCUCCUAUUGGUGGGCUAUCAUCUCCAUGACAACAGUGGGGUACGGGGACAUGGUACCAAGGAGCGUGCCGGGCCAGAUGGUAGCCCUCAGCAGCAUCUUAAGUGGGAUUCUAAUUAUGGCCUUCCCAGCCACCUCGAUAUUCCACACCUUCUCUCACUCUUACUCAGAGCUACGGAGGGAGCAUGAACGGCUGCAGUCCCGGAUAACUCGGAUAAAAAAUGCCAAUACAUCCGUGGAAAGCGAUACCCUCAACGACAGUGAAAGCUUCCUUUCUGAAACCACCAUGUCACCUAUCAAAUACAUUUACAAAGGAUAA